CUUUUUCACUCUCUUUACCUUGUCGCCCCAAUUUAACCAAAAACUCUACUCCGGAAAUCUGACUUUCUCGCCGGCAAAUUUUAUCGCCGGGAAGUCUCACACUACCCUUUAUGUUAGCUCUCACUUCACUCAUUUGAGUGUUUAUUUAUAUUUUAUCUUGUCUGUAAUUACAUUUUCUGCGUUUCUACUUCGAGAUCUUGGUUUUUGAGAUUCAUUGGGCCAGAAUAGAGAGGAAACCCCAAAGAUGUAUGUGGUUCCUCCACCAAAACGACCCGAUCCAUUAUCUGGAUCCAUGAAUGGUUCCGAUGAUUUGCGGAUUUACCAAACAUGGAAAGGAAGCAAUAUAUUUUUCUUUCAAGGAAGGUUCAUAUUUGGGCCAGACGCAAGAUCUCUAGCGCUGACCAUAUUUCUCAUAGUGGCCCCUGUCUCAGUUUUCUGUGUCUUUGUUGCUAGAAAGCUGAUGGAUGAUUUUUCAAAUCACCUGGGGAUAUUGAUUAUGGUUGUAGUUGUUGUGUUCACAUUAUAUGUUUUAGUUCUACUCCUUCUCACAUCUGGAAGGGAUCCAGGAAUAAUUCCUCGUAAUGCACACCCUCCAGAACCAGAAGGUUAUGAUGGUACUGCGGAAGGUGGUGGACAAACUCCUCAAUUACGUUUGCCCCGAAUUAAAGAAGUUGAGGUUAAUGGCAUAACCGUGAAGAUCAAAUACUGUGACACCUGCAUGCUUUAUAGACCUCCCCGUUGUUCUCACUGCUCAAUCUGCAAUAACUGUGUUGAAAGAUUUGACCAUCACUGUCCUUGGGUAGGGCAAUGCAUUGGGCUGCGAAACUACCGAUUUUUCUUCAUGUUUGUCUUCUCUACAACACUUCUUUGCAUAUAUGUAUUUGGUUUCUGCUGGGUCUACAUUAAGAGAAUCAUGGUUCUAGAAGACACCACCAUAUGGAAAGCAAUGAUCAAAACACCGGCCUCCAUUGUUCUGAUAGUAUACACUUUUAUAUCAGUGUGGUUUGUUGGAGGUCUUACUGCUUUCCAUCUAUACCUCAUCAGUACUAAUCAGACUACUUAUGAGAAUUUUAGAUACCGUUAUGAUUGGCGUGCCAACCCCUACAACAAAGGAGUAAUGCAGAAUUUCAAGGAGAUAUUCUGUACCAGUAUUCCUCCGUCCAAGAACAAUUUCCGUGCAAAGGUGCCCAGGGAACCCAAGAUGCCAACACGAUCUGCAGGUGGGGGUUUUGUGAGUCCAAACAUGGGAAAGGCUGUGGAGGACAUAGAAAUGGGCAGGAAAGCGGUUUGGAGUGAAGUAGGGGAUAAUGAAGGACAACUUAGCGACAACGAUGGCCUGAACAUUAAAGAUGGUGGGUUAGGCCAAAUGUCUCCCGAGAUAAGAACUACGGUAGAUGAGGCUGAUCGUGCGGGAAUACAUCCUAGAGGAUCAAGCUGGGGAAGGAAAAGUGGAAGCUGGGAGAUGUCACCUGAAGUUCUUGCUUUGGCAUCAAGAGUGGGAGAACCUAACCGAACAGGUGGGAGUAGCAGACCAACAGAUCAAAAGUUGUGAUUAACGAUACUAUGAAGCUGGAUUGAAUUAUUAGCGGUUCUUGGAGGUGUAUGGUAUGUGGUCAUUCAAUUUGCACAAUAAUGUUGUGUAUUAUCUGGGACUUUGUAUUGACGGGUGUGAAGAUGUUUUAGGAAGUGAAUUGUUGUGUGAUAUGAGUGGUGCUUUUCAUUCCUAAACUUGUAUCCUAUGUGUGGAAUAGUUAGUGUAAUACAGUAGCUUUCAUCUGGGUUUUGCCAUGUUCAUAAACUUAUUUGUAUUUUACCAGAACAUGCAUGUGUAACACUUAUGCUGCGUCAUCUUUUCAGCAGUUUAGGUCUAGAGUUGUUUGCCUCGA